AUGAGCAAUUUGAGGACCACAGUGACGAGUAAAUCGUCAUCCUUGAACAUCAUACCCAACAAUGAAGACGAGUAUAACGAAGACGAAUAUAAUGAACUCGAUGAAACAUAUGAAGUGACAGAGGACAUGGACGUUGCAGAAGAUGUUGAUGAUGUCUGGGAUGACAGCGCUUUAAUAAAUGCUUGGGAUAAAGCAAUGUUAGAAUACCAAACCCACCACAGUCUCAAAGCAAAGGCUAAGCAAGAAGGAAUUAAUGGAUCAUCUGCCACAUCCGCACGUUCAAACCAAAAGACAUCAACAAAAGAGAAGGCAAAGCAAGUGCAUAAGCCGUCUUCUACUUCUGCAACAAAAAGACCACAGCACUUUGACAAUGCGACAACCAGGGCAACCAAACAAAAAUUGGACAAUGGUAAAGAUCACAAGAGUACGAAAGAAUCUUCACAGCAAAAGACAUUCUAUCCAUAUUAUCCUUAUCCACCACCUUAUUACGGGGAAGCGUUGGGAAAUAAUCCUUCUCCAUCAACACAAUUUUAUCAGACCCCUCCGCCUAUGGAGUCUCAAUACCCGCAUUAUGCAUGGCACUCAAUGUCAAUAGUAAGUGUCCCUCAAUGUCAUGACGACGAAGCAUUAUCGAAUCUGUUAAUGGCGUGGUACUUUUCUGGAUAUUACACUGGAUUGGAAGAAGGCGUCACAGCUAAGUAUAUCAAGAUCGAUAGAAGUAAUGAUAAAGUGGAUUUAAUACCGUUACUAGAAAAGACCAUUUUGACCUACGAUUCAGACAGUGCACCUAGCGAGUAUUCUGUUCACCAAGAUUCUUAUUCUCCCAAAACAGUAAUGGGCAACCGAGAAGAGAAACAUGUUGAUUUAGCAAAGUCUCCUACUGGUCCAACAAAUAACUGGAAAAACCGAAGACCUUACCAAAUGGCAAGGAGGGGCAAAACAUACGCGCAGGGGACAUUUAGAUCAAAUAAACCAACAAAUUCGUGGGUGAAUUCAAAACAUCAAAGACAUAAUCAAAUCGUAAGGAGGGGAAACACUUAUGAACAAAGAACGUUUCGACCAACCCGACAGUUUAUAUCAAAACCUGGAUUGACUCGAAAUUGUGAAGUAUGUAACAAGAUGCCUCAUAAGUAUAAAUGCCCGACAUGUAGGAUUCUCUUUUGUUCCGUGGAAUGUUCAAAAAAACAUAAAGAGAUUCCAUGUACUGCACCUCCACCAGUGCCUCCGCCAGCAACCGAUCUAUUUGGUCGGAAAAAGGAUACAAGCUUCACCUCAAAUUACGAGAGAAAACCGUUUUUCCAGGAUAAUAACAAUCGCAAUAACGAUGAUAAUCUACUUGAGGGGGAGGACUUGACGAUAUUAGCAGGCAUAAAACUUAAUAAGGAUAUCAUCGACAGAGUACGAUCAGUCGAUACUGCUUUCGAUAUAGAGGAUCCUAAUACGUUAAAGCCAGAGCAGCUACAUAAAAUUGGACAAUCUGAGAAAAUAAAAAAAUUUCUCAAAGAUGACAAGCUGCGAGAUUAUAUUGGGGCCAUAAACGCAGUAGCAAUGGAACAGCAUCCGCUCGAUCGGUUUAAUCAGGCAGAAGAGCUAUUGGACGCAGCGCGGGAAAGAUAUGAAAAAUUCAAUGAAUUCGUGGAAGGACUGCUUGAUAUUGUGUACGAGACCGAGGGUAAAGAGAGAUACGAGAGUGUGUGGCUGACAGAAGCUAUGCGUAAAGCGUUAGGCCAAUAA